AUGUCCAGGCCGCCGAACGGAUAUGCUUCUAUGCCAGGCGCCAUGAGCUCCCACUCUCGUCUGGGCACGCCGCAGUCGGGCAGCCAACGCCCACACUCGCCUGGAUCGUCGCAGCAGUCGCAGUCGCAGUCGCAGUCGCAGUCGCAGUCACAGCCACAGUCACAGUCACAGUCACAGCCAACACCUCCUGCCAUGUCUCGCGCCGAACGAUUCGAGGAUGAGAAGAGACGCAUCGUCGAGUCGUGCUUCUCCAAGCUCGACAACAGCGGCCAACUAGCGGAGAGCUACAUCACGCAUAUCCGGAUCAUGGAGGAUGCGCAGUAUCCGUCUGCUCCUCCGCCGGCCGACAGUCUGGACUCGAACAAGAAGCAGCGUCUGAUCAUCAUAGCCGUGCGAUCAACAGGACGAGUGAGGAUGCACAAGGCGCGAGAGAACAACAACGGCAGCUUCAGCAUAGGCAAGACGUGGAACAUGGAGGAGUUGUCCGCCAUCGAGUCGUACUCGAAUCCAGCUACACCCGCUGCAAAUGAAAGGGAGGCGCAAGCGCGGGCACUGGCAGGCAAUGUCGGCUUCACCGUCACCAUCACGAAGCCGUACUACUGGCAGGCCGGGACGUCUAAAGAAAAGGACUUCUUCAUUGCGAGUGCUGUCAAGAUCUACCGCAAGUACACCAAGGGUCAGAUUCCAGACCUGAAAGGCUUUGAUGAACGGGAGAAAGCCAUGAUUCUAGGAUCGUUCCCGGCUCCGCAAGGCCAGCCUCCUCCUGGACCGCAGGCUCUUCCUCCAGGAGAUCGACAGCCCAGUCACUCCCCGGCUCCUGCUCCUCCGCAGCCACCCUUUGCGGCAAGAGACCACAGUCGAGAUGGAAGUCGGUAUAGGCAAAGUCCUGGUCCUCCACCAAGUAUUAGCGAUGCAAGGCCAGGAAGUGGACCAAACAGCCGGAGACCUUCAGAUCAGCCGCCGGGCAGAGGCGGUCUUCCUGGCGCUCAGCAACAUGCUGGAGCCCUUGCGCCUGGUGGACCACGUGCUUUUGCUAGUACCGAGCAGAUGCGUUCACGAAGUCGCGACGACAGAGACGCCAUGCUGCCACAGUUGCGACCUGGAACGUCACCCGCCCCAGGCUCUGAGCACAGGGCGCCGUCGUUUGCGUCGACGCAAAGGUCUGACGAUAUGCCGCCACAUUCACCGAUGCGGACCAAGAGUCCACGCUUACCCGGGCCAGGAACUGCACCGCCAUCCUCGAAGCCACAAAGCCCUCCAAAGCACAGAGAUGUGCAACAUAUAGAUGGCGCUUCUGAAGAAAGACAGGUCAAUGACGGCACUGCUUUGAAUGGGCAAAGCUCUGGCGCGGAUCUGUUCCAAGAGGCACGGCAGCGGUAUAUGAACUAUCAGCCAGGGACAUCACCUGACCCUUCGUCACAAGGCAGGUUGCCGCCGAUAGAGACUUCACAGCCCUACAAGCCCGCUCAGAACGGCAAGCUGAAAACACCGAUCGACAAGCAGCCUCUGACAGGGCAAAGCGAAUCAUCCGACGGCAUCAACCUCGAGGACGCUGCCGCUCUUGGUGCUCUGACAUCUUAUUGGGGUCCAGAGCAUGCCAAGGCAGCACCGUCUCCAGCCACUGAACAGAGUGAAGGCUUCCCUACUCCGAAGAUCGCACAGAGCGAAGAUCCUCCUACACCUCGGCGCUCGAACUUUCGUCCGCCAGUUGACUUCGAGUCUGAGCGUAAAGGAUCAGAGGCCAGCAUUGACCUCCGGCCUGCUCCGCUCAACGCCUCGAGGCCAGCACGUGAGAUCGCCGCUCAGGCGGUUGGCUCGCAGCAGGCAGAAGGGUUGCCACCGAUGUCAGAGCCACCGAGACCUGAAGCCAAGGCGGCAAGGCCCACCGCUUUGGGCAUAUCACAGCUCCGAGACGAGACGCCAGAUGACAGCCCUGCACAGACCCCUGAUGAGGAGAAGAUGGAGGAAGAGCAGUACAGGCCUGGUCUUGGACCAAUGUUCAGAAAGAGAGCGAUCGCAGACCGGUUCAGGAAGGCAGCGAAUGCAUCAAAUGCUUUCAAGCCGCGACCCGGAGGGGCCGCGGAAGCCAUUCUUCGAGCAAAGGCCGAGCGCGACGGUGAACCGGAUGGCAUUACUGGGGUCGUGCCCAGACCGGCGACACGCGAGAAGCACACUCAAGCAGAUCAGCCUCCUGCAACGCCGAUCACAGAUAGUGCGCCAGAUCAUGACUUCGCAGUCAAGCAGCCGCGUGAAGAACCGCCUUCAGCACCACCAACAGUUGAAAUUAGUUCGCCACAAACACCAGCACGAGACGUACCUGACACGAUCAACACACGGCAAAGCGUGGAGCUGCAUGACACGACUGCCCAUCUUCAACCAACACCUGACCCAGAACGAGUAGAAGAAGUCGUCGAAAAGAGGCAAAUACGCCAGCCGCAGGUGAAGAUCAAGCGGAGAAGUGCCCAGCAAGAGAAAUAUCUUGCUUCGCUCGGCAUCGACAGAACUCUUCUCGAUGGCAAAGGGCUCGAUUUCGAGGCUAUGCUUUCGGAAUUCGGCUGGAAUAGAGAAGUUCUACAACCAAAACAGCUUGCCGUUCUGGAGACUGACAUUCGCCGGGAGCAAGGGCGAGUGGAGGCUGGAUCCUGGCUUUCCCAUACCGACGCGGCAAGAGAGGAACGAGUCUCCCAUGUCGAAAGUCUGCUUGACAAGGCGAUUGCAGAGUGUGAUGAGCUCGAAGGCUUGCUGACUCUCUACCAUGUCGAGCUGAGCUCUCUGAACGAUGACAUUGCGUUCAUCGAAGCACAAUCUCAAGGUCUCCAAGUGCAGUCUGCCAACCAGAAACUCUUACAAUCCGAGCUGCAAGGGCUAGUUGACACCAUGUCACUUGGCCGCAACACAAUGGAGCCACUUCGCUACGGUGACCUUUCCGAUCCGCGUGGCCUCGACCAGGUCGAAAACAGCUUAGUCAAGCUAUAUCAAGCGAUGCUUACCAUGGACCCAACCAUGGGCAAGUAUUCACAUGGUCGACCGAGGUCGCGUGGAGGUUUCGAUGAUAACGAGACUGCAAACAUGACGGCGCUGCGAGAGAAGAAGGUCACAUACGAUCGUGAGACUAACGAGUUCUGCAAACGCUUGAUGCAGUUCCUGGACAAUAAGUUCACUCUGGCAACAAACUCAUCGAAAGGACGCAUGCUGCAGAUACCUCGCGCGGGCGGACUGGCCAAGCUAAAUUCGGACGCUGUCCUUGAGGUCCGAAAUGGAUUGUGGAUGUACAGUCCACUCAUCCUCUUCACGAAGGAGGUCAACACGCCGGCAUGGCAGACAUUGCAACGCAUGUACUACACUCGAGCUGCCGUCCUGUACACAGACGCUUUCAAAGAGAACAUCUCGAACAUGAAACGUGCGGCAAGGGCAAGUGUCGGAGAUGAGACUGACAUCCUAUUUACUGCUCAAGAGAAGGAGGAACAUCCAGCUGGCGGAGGCUUGGCAUCCACUGCGCGGAAGAUCACAGUCAAACGAUCACAAACGCUCGCGAAGACACUACGAAACCCGCUAGGUGGUGAUAAGUCGCAUGCUCCUGAACGAAAGCAGCCUGGAACGAUGAGUCGGUCUGAAGCAUUUGCUCUAGCAAUGGACGAUAUGGCGCCGAAAAUCAGUGAGGAGCAGAAUUUCUUCGUGGAGCUGUUCCACGCCAACUCUCUGGAAGCCCAAGACUUCAUCGACGCCGUCGGGUCUGCUUCGCCUAGCGCGAGGCGCGGGACAGACCUGCGCAGACCCAAACCAACAGACCCGGAUCGCCACAUUGCUGGUCUCGUGACAAACACUAUGGGCGAAAUCUUUAACUUCUUCGGACGAGAACUCGACGCCAUGCUUAACUGGAGUAUUUCGGAAGAUCCAGUUCAGGGUGUGGGAGUAAUGGCCAGCCUAGGCAAACAUGCUUUCUACCUCCGAGAGUCAAACCAGGAAUAUUUGCAACACCUUGUGACUGAAUUAUUCGACAAGCUUCAGAGCCGAUUUAACAAGUUCGUGGACGAGCAAAUACGUGCCAUUGAAGACACCAAGGUGAAGAUCAAGAAGCGUAAGGGCAUUAUCGCCUUUAUGAAAAUAUUCCCUCAGUUCUCCAAUUACGUCGAAAACGUUUUCGCAACCGUGGCAGGUAACGACUACGACGGUCCCGCUGACUGCGUGCUUGACGUGAGGAGACUUGUGGACGCAGCGUACGACAAGCUCAACCGGGCGAUGUUUGAUAGUCUCAAAGUCAUUGCAAAGGAGAGCCCUGUCGCUGGUGCGCCUGUCAAGGGUGGUACAGCCCAAGGUGCCGAUGAUCCAGAGGACAAGGAGAUGCUCAACUACCACAUUCUGCUCAUUGAGAACAUGCACCACUACAUCGAAGAAGUCGAAGAUGGUGGUAGGCAAGGAGUCCUUUCGGUAUGGAAGGAAACAGCGCAGAAGGAGAGAGCGGACGCUUUGGAAGGCUAUGUACUAAGAGUCAUCCGAAGACCGCUUGGGAAAUUGCUGGACUUCCUCGAAUCUACUGAUUCUAUCCUCACCAGCAACAACAACAACCCUACUGCCGUUUCUUCUCGACCAAGCUACAGCAGAAAGACCUUGCGGCACUUGCUCUCGGAACGCUACGACGGCAAGACUGUGCGCCGUGAUAUUGACACUUUACGGAAACGCAUCGAGAAGCAUUUUGGUGAUGCUGACGACAGCGAAGCUGUUUCACGAAACCUCGUUGGUCUCGUGUCCAAAGAGUGCGAGCAGGCCUACGAAGGUGUUCUGGAUCGGGUGGAGAAGUUGAAGCAGCAGGUGUAUCCUGACACGGAGGGCGAGAAGGAGGUGAUCAUUGAUUUCACGAAGGCGGAUAUUGCUGCUGCAUUUAGACGUUAG